UCGGGCGAGUUUCGAGUCGCGCCGAGCGAGAUAAGUCGCUAGCGACGCGCAGCAGCGCCUCGUCGCGUCGUAACCGCGCGCGCGUUCGCGAACAGCGAGCGAGACGGGCGCGAGAUCGCGAGGUUCGUCUCGCCGCCGCCGCGGAGAGAAUGCGGUGAAGCGAGCCGCGGAGGAGCCAGAGCCGCGAGGCAGCGAGCGCGCGCGGGCGAGCGGUCGAUUCUCGCGGAAAUCGGCCAUCUUGCUUAGUGCACGCUUGGACUCCGCGACGAACGGUCACUCCUCGCCUCCGUCAGCCACCCUCGUCGGGCGGUGGCAGAGCAGCAGAGUACUCUAGAACGGCGAUCCGCGUAGCGGUGAAACCCGGGGCAAGCGGGGACGAAGCGGGAGUGCGUGCGUGCGUGCGUGCGUACGGCGGGGAAAAAACCUAUCGCGCGCGUAUAUACCGCGAUCGAAGCGGCGUAACGCGGCUUACGCGACCCCGGCGGCAGGAUGGCGGGCAACGCGGGUAUGGAACAGUUGAUCCCGAUCGUGAACAAGCUGCAGGAUGCGUUCACGCAGCUCGGCGUGCAUAUGCAGCUCGAUCUGCCGCAGAUCGCGGUGGUGGGCGGCCAGAGCGCGGGCAAGAGCUCCGUGCUGGAGAACUUCGUCGGCAAAGACUUCUUGCCCAGAGGUUCUGGAAUCGUGACGAGAAGACCUCUCAUCUUACAGCUGAUUAACUGCCCGACUGAAUACGCGGAGUUUUUGCACUGCAAGGGCAAGAAAUUUAUAGAUUUUGAUGAAGUGCGAAAGGAAAUCGAAGCGGAGACGGACAGGGUAACGGGAAGUAACAAGGGUAUCUCUAAUAUACCGAUCAAUCUCAGAGUGUACUCACCGAACGUCUUGAAUUUAACGUUAAUCGAUUUACCCGGACUGACGAAAGUACCAAUCGGGGAUCAGCCGGCGGACAUAGAGAAUCAAAUUAAGGGCAUGAUCUUUCAGUUUAUCAAACGCGAAAACGCCCUCAUACUGGCGGUCACGCCAGCCAACACUGAUCUGGCGAACAGCGACGCUCUCAAGCUCGCGAAGGAGGUGGAUCCACAAGGUGUGCGUACGAUCGGUGUCAUCACCAAGUUGGACCUCAUGGAUGACGGCACCGACGCGCGGGAUAUUCUGGAAAAUAAACUGUUGCCGUUAAGAAGAGGCUACAUCGGCGUGGUCAACAGGAGCCAGAAGGACAUAGAGGGCCGGAAGGACAUCAAGAAUGCACUGGCCGCCGAGAGAAAGUUCUUCCUCAGCCAUCCGUCUUACCGUCAUCUAGCGGACAGGCUGGGCACGCCGUACUUGCAGCGGAUUCUUAAUCAGCAGCUGACGAACCACAUCAGGGACACGUUGCCGGCUCUAAGGGACAGAUUGCAGAAGCAGCUGCUGACUCUGGAGAAGGACGUCGAGCAGUACAAACAUUUCAGACCCGAUGAUCCCGCGAUAAAGACGAAGGCUAUGUUACAAAAAACAUUUUUAAGGAUGAUACAGCAGCUUCAGUCAGACUUCGAGAGGACCAUCGAAGGCUCAGGCUCCGCACAAAUUAACACGAUGGAGCUGAGCGGUGGCGCGAAGAUCAACAGACUUUUCCACGAACGUUUCCCGUUCGAGAUCGUGAAAAUGGAGUUCGACGAGAAAGAGCUGAGGAGAGAGAUCGCUUUUGCCAUCAGGAACAUACACGGUAUCAGGGUGGGCUUGUUCACCCCAGACAUGGCUUUCGAGGCAAUAGUGAAAAAGCAGAUAAACAGACUUAAAGAGCCGAGUCUCAAGUGUGUAGACCUAGUCGUGCUAGAACUUAGUAACGUCGUACGCAUUUGUACAGAUAGGAUGUCCCGUUACCCCAGACUAAGGGAAGAAACGGAACGUAUCAUAACGACAUACGUGAGGCAGCGCGAGCAAAUGUGCAAAGAGCAGCUGAUCCUGUUGGUCGAUUGCGAGCUGGCGUACAUGAACACGAAUCACGAAGAUUUCAUCGGUUUCGCGAACGCUGCAGCCAGUAGCCAUAAUGCAAGUGCGCAACAAUCCUCGGAGAACGCCGUUAAGUCUGGGAGGCAUACGUUAGGCAACCAAGUGAUUCGCAAAGGCUACAUGUGCAUACAUAAUCUCGGAAUCAUGAAGGGCGGCUCGAGAGAUUACUGGUUCGUCUUAACGUCGGAGAGUAUCUCCUGGUUCAAAGACGAAGAAGAACGCGAAAAGAAAUACAUGUUGCCUUUGGACGGACUGAAACUGCGCGAUUUAGAGCAAGGUUUCAUGUCGCGACGUCAUCUGUUUGCACUAUUCAAUCCGGAGGGAAGGAACGUGUACAAAGAUUACAAGCAGCUCGAGUUAAGUUGUGAAACUCAAGAUGACGUUGACUCUUGGAAGGCAUCGUUCCUGAGGGCUGGCGUGUACCCUGAAAAAUCUACGGAACAGGCGAACGGCGAAGGAGAGAAGGAAGGAUAUGAGGGUGGAACGGAGGGUCAGUCAUCGAUGGAUCCUCAAUUGGAGCGCCAAGUGGAAACCAUCAGGAAUUUGGUAGACUCCUACAUGAAGAUCGUUACGAAAACUACUCGUGAUCUGGUUCCAAAGACGAUUAUGCACCUUAUAAUCAACAAUGCCAAGGACUUCAUUAACGGAGAACUGUUGGCGCACCUCUAUGCGAGCGGCGAUCAGACUUCCAUGAUGGAAGAAUCACCCGAGGAGGCGCAGAAACGAGAGGAGAUGUUACGCAUGUAUCACGCGUGCAAAGAGGCACUCAGAAUCAUCGGAGAUGUGUCGAUGGCGACGGUUUCGACUCCGGUACCACCGCCCGUGAAGAACGACUGGCUAGUAACCGGGGACAAUCCAAGUCUUGGAUUAUCGCCACCAUCUCCUGGUGGCCCAAGACGCGGAGUGACACAGCCACCACCUCUUUCUAGCUCACGAGCACCACCACCAGUACCUGCAGGCGGCCGACCGGCACCAGCUAUUCCUAACAGACCUGGUCCAGGUGGACCACCACCGGCACGAGCUAAUCCCGGCCUACCUCCACCUAUGAUACCAUCGCGCCGACAAUAAGUCUCCGCACUAACUCGCCUAUUCGCUACUAAUCCCAAAAAAACCGCGUCCGCAUUGCAUUAUAUUCGGUGUAUAUUUUACACGUAAAAAGAGAAAGAAAACACUACACUCCACUAUUUUUCCUUAAUGUUAACGUGCUGUCUGUCUGCAUACACUAUCAAAAAUUACGAGGUCAAUGUUAAUUAAGUAGGGGGUGUGGAAGUUACGCGAGAAUCAUCUUGUUUCUCGAUCGCGCAAGCCCUGCACACCUGUUUGUGUUGUCGGAUCCUAAAAGAGCUUCCAAAUACCGGGCAAUUUGUAUGAGUACGUCUCACCUGCGUAACACACAACGACAUAUCUUUUAGGUGACUCGAUCAAUCAAUUCAAAAAAAGGAGUAACUAUACGUUAUCGUUCUGUAUGGUGUCGUCUUUCUGUUAUUUAACAUUUAUAAUUGCAUGAGCAGGAGUUGUAAUAAUUUUAGUCUAAUUAUAUGUACAUACGUACACGUUUCUCUGUGUAUAAUACAAAUCUUCUCUCACGUAGAGAUUGAGACACACCCCUAAGCGUAGCUGUAUCUUAGCGCCAAUAGUUCGUGCUACACCAAAUAUUUCCAAAGAUAUAUAUAUACCAUUUUCUCAGAGAAAAUGGAGAGAGAGAGAGACGUAAAAUAUACAUACAUAUACAUAGUCGAGUCACACUUGUUUGACUGUAAAUUAUUUUGGCGAAGCUGUAUAUCAUAUAUGUAUAUAUCGUUGAAAAUAAUGAUCAAAUAAAGAACUUUGCGUUCUUUGCGGCAAAUAGAUAACCGUUCAUUUACUUACUAACAGCAUGACAUUUCGGCAAAAUGCCAUUGAACAAAAAAAAACGUCGACUGUCUUAUCAAUUGUAUUUAUCAACCAGUUAUAUAUCUCGUGUAAUGUUAAAAAUUCCGAUUUUUUCCUACUCAAUGCAAAUCUAAAGCUUCUCUCUUCCGCCGUAAUAUGUCCCUCGUCAUCUGAAUGUUUUCUAUGAAGUAACACCAAUUCGAAACUUGUCAAUUACUAUUUGUGGACGAACAUGUCGGUGCCUGCAUUACGAUUUAUUAAAGCAAAAGUCGAGAAAAUAGCGAUCUGUAUAAAUGUCGUGUAUAUUUGCAGACUAAGAUCCGGACUGUAGCAUUGAGCGGCUUUCACAAGCUGCUAUCGUAUAAAAUAUCGUAUAAAAUAUCGCGUUGUUCUUGUAAGGACGUUUUUAUAACUGCUGUUACAAGGCUACAGUUAAUCCGUUGCUUUCGUCCUCGGAUUCGCGCGUUCGAAAGGGGCAUCGUGCACGCUUUCUUAUUCGAGGCACGCAUUAAUAAGUUUCACAUCCAGUAGCCACAUUCGUAUGAUGUUGUAUGCCAUCCCAAAAAUAAACUGCAUAAGAGUGAGAUCUGUAGUCAAAACUAGGUAUCCGUGGUGUGUUUAGUCGAGGGGGUGGUCUGCAGCAGAGGGUGACGCAAGCUGCGACACAGGCUGCGACUCAGGCCGCCGUGAACGAGCUGAUGGAUGCGUUCAAGAUCAAGUAAAUAAGAUGCAUAGCCAUCAGUUGAAUUUCUCGAGAUCUGUACCCCUAACGAUAUAAUAAUAAUAACAAUAAUAAUAAUAAUAAUAAUAUACAUGGGUAUAUCUGUUAAGUUGCGCCAGUAGAUGGUAGACUGUUCAGGGUUGAGAAUGAACUAAUCCCUCCAAUUUCUCUUUUCUUUUUUUUUGUUGAUAAAUCUUUGUAACAGAAUUCCGCAAAAUAAUCUCGCUAAAUUGAUCCUCGCUCUCUUUCUCUUUCUCCCCUGUGUCUUUCUGUCUCUUUUGUGCAUGGUAUUUCACCCAUGAAUUUUGAUUAACAGCUUUUUAUUUAAAUAUUUGAUUUAGUUGUAUAGUGCACACACCGUAUACGCGUGUGUGUGUACGCGUAAUGUAUAUUUAAUUAUGUGCAUAUUUGUGUAGAAAUUAAUAAUCGUAUAUAAGAAUACAUAUAUAUAAUAAUAUCAGGUAAUUGAUAAUAUGCAUACGUGUAAGCACUCUAUUUAUCUUGCAAUUAUCUAUGCAAUACUCCAUUUUAUCUUCAAUGUUCUUAGAGGAGUCGAUUACGGUAUUUUCCAAAGUCAUUGAUCGAGCAAUAAAGAAGUAUAUUUUACCGGCUUCACAAAUGGAAUCAAAGAAUGACGAUGAUCAGGAAACGUCACAAAUUAAAAAUGUAUAAUCAUGUAAAGUGCAGCAAACUGGGCUAACGUAGAGAUUUAGCACACACCGACCCGAUCCCAUUGUUAUUUUCACACUACGCCCGAAAGUGUGGAAACUUGCAAGCAGUCGUGUUAGCGAGUCCUCUUGUGAGCAAAUGCAUUUGCACUCCAGUGAAUCUAUCCUGGAAAGUCUACCAGAACCUGAUAAUGUGAUCGAUCGUAGUUUCGCAUUGAUUGUAGUGAGCGUUUGCAUCGUUGAAAAUCCAGUUUGAUAAAAUGUAGCGGUACAAUCGAGCGACAGCUGCAUUCGAUACGCGCUCGCGUUGUAAUAUCGACGAAACUGUCGAACGUCUCGUCGUUGUCGUCGUCGGUAACGAAAUAUCGGAUGGGAAAAUGUCAUGCUGUUGGGAAGAUAGCUUAAAAAACAAUCACGAAUGUGUAUCCAGCUUGUUUCAAAGAUGAGUCUUUGCAAAUGAAAAGAGCGCCGUAUCACGCGAAGUACCAUCGAGUCUAUUUCUCUCUACCUCUAAACAUAAAGUUCGUGAUUAUUUUCUUUUGCUUGUAGCCGAUAAAAAGAUAUACAUAUAUAUACAUAUAAAAGAAUAAAGAAUAUAUAAUAUUAGACAUAAUCUUUACGAGAUAUGAUCAAGAAAAGAAUGUGCUCAGACAUAGGAUGUGAUAUAGCGUAGAAUGCUUCAAGGAUUUUGCAUGAAAAUCCGAAGUUAAAUUUCUCUUUUUCUCUCUGGAUAGUCUAAAUUAACACGCAGUAAAUCGAGAAUAUAUAAUAGUAAUCACAAUGUCACAGUGCAGUGUGUAAUGGAUGUACAAUCACAUUUGGCAGGCAUACAUAGGAGCGACAUUGUAUUUUGUAUUGUUUAGAGUUAUUUAUUUCAGAGCUCCCUAAUUAUGCUUGCGAUUCGACUGUACAUAUAUACAUAUAAGAAAAAUUUUUCUUGUAAUUAGGUAUUUUCGCGUAUUCACAAGCGUACGGCGACGUGCUUCAAGAUCCGUAUAGUACGCGUUUCUGUAUGAAUUUCGCUUUUAUAAUGCAAUACUGAACGCAAAUAAAUUAUGGCGUAUGAUAUAAUAACUUUAUAAAUUCAUUGCCAUAGAAUUUACAGUGCACUUGUGAAAAUUUCCUUGUAAGGUUGAAAAGUGCUAUACACGGAGCGAUUUCUCAUUUCGAAUACUCGUUUGCGCAGUGAUCCGGGAGAAUCUUAAAGGCGGUGUAAUCGAAGUGCAAU